CGCCUCGCCACUGGACACGCGGAAGUUACCGUUAGCAUCGGUGGCUAACAGCUGAAAACACGCGACAUGUUUGAGCGGCACCUCGUCUGAAAGUUAGCUCGUCUCUUUAGCGUCCUCAUGUCAGCUGAGGCGUCGGCAGCACGAGAUGCGGGGACGUUCACACCGAGUCUGUCCCCAGAUCAGCAGAGACAGCUGGCGGAGAGGAUCACCGUGUUUCUGUCCCGGUACCGACACCUCUCCGACUCCUACCGGAUUAAGUUCUUCACCGAGGACCUCUGGCACUCAUUACCCAGCAGCUGGCAGGCCGUGCUGCAGGACCUGUCGUAUCCACAGGUCGCUGACCUUUUACUGGACGUGACACACGGAGACAGGAGUUAUCCUACCGCGUGGCCUCUGUCACUGUUGGCUUUCCGUGCCACCGCUCACGCUCUGGCGUUUCCCAGAGAGUGCAGGCAGGAGCGAGGCAGGCGAGCCGGCUCGGUCAAACCCGAGGAGCGCCAGCAAAACCAGAGUCAGAGCUCGCUGCUGGACCACAUCUUCAGAAAGCACGUCAAACCCAAGAAGCAGUAUGAGAUCCACAGGCUGGGCAUGCUGGUGAAACAACUGUGUGAGCUGACUGACUGCAGCAGGGUGGUGGAUGUGGGCUCUGGACAGGGUCAUCUCACUCGUUUCCUCUCCUUCGGGCUCGGGCUGUCCGUGACCGCCAUCGAGGCCGAUCCUGCCCUGGUCGCCAUGGCGUCCAAGUUUGAUGAACAGCUGCUCUCUGUGUUGGAGAAGGAGAAGCAGAAAAAGAACGUCUCGUCUCAGCUUCCAGCGUCACUGUCCCCUCCCCGCCACGUGGCCGGAUGGGUAAACCCCAAGGCUUUAUGGGAGGUUUUCUUUAAGCAACUGAGUACAGCAGAGUGUUCCAGCGAAGGUCAUCCAACUCCAUCUGGACCCGGCACAAAGCGAUCGUGGGGAUCUGAGCAACAUCAGGGGAGUUCCAGUGACUCCACGGACUGUCCUCGCUCUCAGGACUUGGAGUCGUCAUCAGAACACCAGCCAAGCAAGAAUGAGUCUGGAGAGCAGCUCGGUCCUGAAAACUGCUGCUCCCGCCCCCAGCCUGUCUGUCAGGAGGAGCGUCAUCCUCACGAAAACAGCCUGCGAGAUGAUCCAGACUUCAUCCUGACCGGUCUCCAUGCCUGCGGUGACCUCAGCGCCACCCUCCUCCGCCACUUUGUCAGCUGCCCGUAUGUUCGUGGCAUCACCUCCGUGGCGUGUUGCUACAUGAAAAUCACAACUGAAGAGAACCCCACCCCUUCAGGACCGGUCGAACCUCCCACUCCGCCGACGCCGGGUCAGGAAUCAGUGCCCUCAGAGUUCAGCUAUCCUAUGAGCUCCUGGGUGCGGGGGUUGUCGGGACAUCAGCUGUCCUAUAGGGCGCGAGAGGGGGCGUGUCACGCUGUGGAGGACUACGUACAGAGGCUCAGGGAGGAGAGCGAGCAGCUGAGGAUUCACUGUUACCGGGCGACGCUGGAGACGUUCAUCAGGGACAAGAGGCCGGAUCUACGUCGAGCUGGAAUCCAAACUAUAAAGAAAGCUCACUUAUUACCAUUCACAGAAUACGCCCGGCUGGGUCUGGCUCGAGUCAGCCUGCCGCCCGAGUUACCCCUGGACCCGGAGCGGGUGGAGGCCAUGCUGAAGCAGCAGGGCAGGGUGGUGGUGUACUCCAGCUUGGCGCUGCUGCUGGCUCCUGUGGUGGAGACGCUGGUGCUGCUGGACAGGAUGAUCUACCUGCAGGAGAACGGUGUGGACAGUCAGCUGGUCGCUCUGUUCGAUCCGAACUUCUCUCCAAGGAACUUUGUGCUGGUGGCUCUGAAGCACCGGGAAUAGGGACGAGAGAAAGAGAGAGUCCCCGGUCAAACUACAGUUUUCCCUCUGUGGUGGAAAAGGUCACACGUGAAAAUGAAAGAUGAAAACAGUCGCGUUCUCCGUUAUGUUUUUAUUUUAUAAAACACAUUUUAAAUAGUGUCUCUUUUUGGGUGCCACUGUCUGAGCUGCCGACAUAUUUUAACCGUUAUGACUCCGUGUCCACGCUGCGGUGGAGCUCUUCAGAUGUUCAGCUUCACCGCAUUCCUGCACGUGGAUUGUGUUGAGUCCAUGCAGCAGCUCUGAGCUCGUCCAAACAUGUGGUUUCAUUCACAUCACGUUUGUCUUCACAACAGAACAGAAGCAGUUGUGUGUUUAGAUUUUUGUGGCAUGGUUUAGUUUGUGCCUCUACAGAAAUGUGUCUUUUUGCUUGUUUUUUUUUUAUGAUUGUAUUUUCUUUUUUAUUCUAUUGCUGUCGUCCUUUAACGCCCGACUGGAGAAUCAUGUUCUGUGCUUUAUCGUACGAGGACCACAAAGCAAUAAACAAAACCUGUGCUUUUAA